GCCUUCACAGGGCAGUCUGUGAAGACCACAGACAUUGUUUGAUUAUCACAGUAACCUGGCCACUCAUGAGAAGAAGCAGGACUCUGGCCUGUAGAAGUUUCCAUAGAGCACCAUCCUUGACAUUAAACAGCCACAGAGAUGAAGAACCAAAAGGAAAACUACUCAGAACCGAGUCUGGUUAAGGACAGCAGGAGACAGCAAAUGAGAGAUUCACCAUCAGCUCGAGAGAAGCUCAUUAUUGUGAUCCUGGGAAUCAUCUGUUUUGUCUUGAUGUAUACUAUAGUGAGAGUGAUAACUUUUAUUCCACGUAACCAAAUAUCAGAACAGAAUAAUUCCUCUCCAGUAACAAAGCUCCAGAAAGAAUUUCAUUGUGGUUGUUGUCCAAAAGAGUGGUUUACAUAUUCCAACAAUUGCUAUUCUAUUAGUUUGGAAAAAGAAACAUUGGAUGGGAGUUUGAUGUCCUGCACUACUAAGAAUUCUACUCUGCUUUACAUAGAUAAUGAAGAGGAAAUGAAAUUUCUGAUGUCCCUAUCAAUUAUAUCGUGGAUUCCAGUCUUUCGUGAAGGUCGUGGUCAACCAUGGAUGUGGCUAAACCGUUCAAUUUUCAAACUAAAGAUAACAGACUAUUUACGUGAUGAACAUAAGUGUGCUGUACUAUCCUCAGGGGGCAUAAAAGCAGAAGACUGUCAGACUCCAAAUGCAUAUAAUUGCAAGCAUAAGCUUGAGAAUUAAAAAGUAUUGAACUUGGGCUAUCACCAGUGAAAGCAUGGAGUCUUUACCACUGAACCACCUGGAAAUUCCCCCUUUUCAAUUUUUUUCAGCAGUCUUUUAUCCAUUUUAUUAAAUAUAUUCAAUAAGAAUA